AUGAAAGAAAUUCUUAUCAAAAUAUCAAUAUCAUAUUGUCGACAAGCUAAGUUAGAAUGGGCUUAUUCUGUAAUCUACAAAUAUGCUAAAUUAAAUUUGGUAGCGUGUGUAUCGUGUGCAUCCAUGCAAAGGGAAGGUCAGUCAAAAUUACGGAAACAUAAAUCUCGACGACGUCGAUUGCAACCUUCUUCCGUGGGAUCUCCGUUAUCCGACACCCACUUGAUCAAUAGCGACGUUCUCGACUAUGGAAGUAAUGAUGAAUACCGAUUUAUUGGUGGUAGAAGGUUUCAUAACGUGGAAACCUCGAAAUAUUUGCUCCCCUGUGAUGACGAUGAACUGGACCGAUUACACGUUCAGCACUAUAUAUGUCGACACAUAUGGCAACGAAAUUAUUCCGCGCCUGUAAAGGAAAGGCUAGGUGCGGGAGGUGCUCAUGUCUUGGAUGUUGGCUGCGGACCAGGAACAUGGUUGAUCGAGAUGGCAAACGAGUUCCCAAGAUCACAUUUUACAGGGAUAGAUAUUUCGCCAGUUUUUCCCAGGGAAGCGAAACCAGAUAAUGCCAAUUUUUUGGAAGCGAAUCUGCUGGACGGACUGCCAUUUGAAAAUGAUUCCUUUGAUUACAUACACAUGAGAUUUUUGAUCGCUGCGUUCAGCAAGAGUGAAUGGGAGACCGCAAUAAAUGAACUUGUCAGGGUGACUAAAGUUGGUGGCAUUAUCGAAAUUGUCGAGGAUGAAAUAGAACCAAGGAAUGAUGGACCUAUAUCAAGAUUAUUAUUCAGCGCAUUUUUCUCGGAUUUAAAGUCGAGACAAAUUGAUGUCACAGCAUAUUCACACAUGACAGAUUUGUUGGGUGCCACAGAAUGUCUCACUGACAUCAAAAAGGAAGAAAUCACGGCCCAAUUUGGAAAAUGGGCUGGCAGAGUAGGAACCUUGUUGGCAAAUAAUACAGGUAUAUUAUUCCGAACAUUUAGAGCAAGAUUCUCAUCAAUACUUGAACUCGAAAAUGAUGAAUAUGAUAAAUUGGUCGAGGCUUGGUAUCAAGAAUUAAACGAAUACAAACCAUAUAGUGUCGGUUAUCGAUUCUUGGCGACGAAAAAGUGA